UGUCCUCGGGUCCAGUCCAGCCAGUCUAAAAGGGGAAACGCGAAAGCAUGAUAGUGCGAAUAAAAAUAAUUUGAUAAGGUUUUGUUUGGACUCUGCCAGCGGUUGAAUUAGAUCACGUUUUUCUGUUGAUCUGCUUCUGUUUCCUUUGAAUGAUGAUGAUAGCACCUACCUAGAGCUAGCGGAGGAGUCGGGAUGAUAAAAUUCGCUGGUCUCAUUGUCAGUUCUACAGGAACCUUUCGAGUUGUGGGAUCGCUUUUCGGGUUUAUUGCCAACUGAUAUUGAUUUUUUAUAGUUCAGUUAUGUCCGCUGAAGUGAAGGUUUCAAUACCGGAAUAUCUUGGCGAGGAGCUUAUCCGGAAGGCUCUCGUUAACGGUUUCCAGAAGGAUGGGUUGCAGGUGCACAGCUUCGAUAUUUCUGCGGCCACCUCAAGUGGCGAUAAUUAUAUGAGUGAUGUCUUCCGUAUUCAGAUCAGUUAUCGAUCAUCGCCGAAGGCGGACAAAUUGGAACACGUUUCGCUGGUGGUCAAGUGUAUGCCAACUUCCGGAAGCCGGGGAGCAGUCAUCGAGGAAUUCAUUAUGUACGAGAAGGAAGUGGAAAUGUUUAUGAACGUACUGCCGCAGCUGUCCCAGAUUGCUGGAGAUGCUUUCUUUGCCGCUAAAUGUUUCUACGCCACCCGGGACCCGGAACGCAUGAUCGUCUUCCACGAUCUGAAAUCGCUCGGAUACAUCAUGGCUAAUCGGCACGCCGGGCUCGAUUACGAUCACUGUGCGCUGAUCAUGUCAAAAAUCGGCAAACUGCAUGCGGCCUCCAUAAAAUUUGCCAGCGGCAACAGAGACGUGCUCGAUAAGUACUUCCACUUCAGCCUGUUUCCGCCAGUUGAACAGCGCAAAUCGGACUGCAUCACGGUGGUGUUCCAGAAGGGGUUCGAAACGUUGGUCAGCACCAUCGAAGAUAGCUGGGAUGAUUUCGACCCGGCUGUGUUGGCAAAAUUGAAGCGGCUGCUGCCAUUUUAUCUGACCAAACUGGAGGCCUGCAUGACCCAAAAGGUUGAGGAUGGUUAUUGCGUGUUGAACCACGGGGACCUUUGGUGUAACAAUAUGCUGUUUAAGUAUGAUGAAAAGUCGGGUCGGGUUGACGAUGUAGUGUUCGUGGACUAUCAGAUUUGUUACUAUUCGAGCCCGGGCAUCGAUCUGAACUACGCACUGGCCAACUGUCCAGAUUUGAAAACGAGAGAUCGGGAAGAGGAGUUGAUCCAGGUAUAUCACAGGAGUUUGAAGGAGGCAAUGCAGACGAUAGGGCUUGAAAACAUUCCCAGUUUGGCUGAUGUGAAGCGGGAACGGAAGCGGAUGGAAUUUUGGUCGUUCGUUUCGAUCGUGUCGAUUCUGCCGAUUGUGAUGAUGGAGCGAACCGAUACAGUGGAGGCUAGCUUCGAGGCGAUGGUCGACGAAAAGGUUGCCGAAAAAGCCCGCAAGAUCCAGUACAGCGGCAAGUUGUACCAGGCUAUUGUGAAACCGAUGUUGAAACGCUUUGAUCAGCGUGGGUUGCUGGAAGUUUGAACAAGGAUCUUGUCAUCGAAUUGAGUCCCGUUUGCGAGAACGCGCGCUACAUUUAGGCAUUGUAUAGCUUUUCAUAUAUUUUUCUCCUUACGCUUUUAUAUAAUUGAAAGGAAGGUUCUGUUUCAUCAUAAAAUGUAUAAUAAUUACUUCAAUAAUCAAUUGUUUUUGUUUUAAAUUCAAAUAUAGGUAUAUAAUAAGGUUAAUUAUUUUGUUUGUCGUAGUGUGUUCGUGUAUGUCGUUCUGUAUGCUGUUACUGCUUCCAUAAAACUUAUUCGCCUUACUUUGUAUUUUAUUUUUCCUACGAUUCGGCUCAGCACUUACAAAAUUCAAUCGAAUGGAACUGCAAUCCACCAACUUCCAGCAGGGUUCGGUAUCAUACGAUUAUUAUAAAAAAAAGAAACCAAAAUUCAACUCGAGCGUUCUUUUCCGCCGAAAAUCAAACGCGAGAGUUGGAUAAUCCAAACCGCAGAACAAAGUCAAAACCGAAAAAAAAUGAAAAAUGUUUCGACUUAUUUACUUACUUCUGGGAAACAGCUCCACAAUGCAAUUCUUACGUGGAUAAUUUGUUUUUUGUUUUCAUUAUAAACUUCUAAAUGCUCAAAUCUUGAAUUGUGGCGAUGAGAAAAGUGUUCCAGUUUUUUCCUAGUUUUUUUUUUGUAUAUUUUUAAUCCAGUCGUAGUUUUUAUUCUCAUUUGACUGCUCAGUAAGUGCUAAAGGUGAUGCUGUUUUGUCGGGUUUUCUUUGCUGCUGGCUUAUUCAGUUUUUUUUGCACGAUAACAUUUA